AUGGCGCCGAAAGACUGGGAUGACUUGGUAGAAGGGACGACAGCCUUGACUGCACCCAUGAUCUGGUGGAUUAUAGCAAUCAUUGUCCUCUCGCUGUCUAUUCGACUGCUUAAUACACGACAAGCGAAACCAGCGUAUGAUGAGAAGGGGAAUCCAAAGGAAUGGAAUUCGAAAGAGGAGAAUCGCACAGUGUUGCUCCGCGGAUCCUUUGUCAUCACAGCAGUAGCCCUCUUGGGGUUCUGCGCGAUUGCGGGCUUUGCGGAUAUAGGACAUCGCUUCGGAGAAAUUCUUUCUUCACAUACGGCAACCGAUGCAGCUAGUGCUACUGACACUGAAUUCAUGGUUGCUAUGGACUCAGACGUCGGCGCGGAUCUCAUCCCCAACGUCAAAGACCCCGAGGCGAAAGACCCCCAAAGUGUCUGCCCCGGAUACACUGCCUCCAAAGUUCAAGAAACUUCUUACGGAUUCACUGCAGACCUUGAUCUUGCAGGCAAGGCUUGCAAUGUCUAUGGCAACGAGGUAGAUGCUCUGAAGCUUAUUGUAGAGUAUCAAGCAGCAGAUCGAUUGCACGUCGAGAUUCUGCCACGACACAUCGGAAAAGACAACUAUACCUGGUUCAUUCUCCCCGAGGAGCUGAUACCCAAACCCUCUCAUGAUGGUAAAACGCACACCGGUGGUUCUGACAGCGAUCUGGAGUUCACAUGGGCGAACGCGCCGACCUUUGGCUUCAAUGUGACGAGAAAAAGCACUGGUGAUGUGUUAUUUACGACGGUGGGAACGAAACUAGUUUUUGAAGACCAAUUUUUUGAGUUUGCGUCGCCCCUCCCCAAGAAUUACAAUAUCUAUGGUCUGGGCGAGGUGAUUCACGGCUUCCGGUUGAACAGGCAUCUCACCAUUCUUACAGGAACGAUCUAUGCUGCUGAUAUUGGCGACCCAAUCGACGGCAACAUUUACGGUUCUCACCCUGUUUAUCUUGACACCCGAUAUUAUCAAGUCAAUCCCGAGUCUAAUGAGGCUGUCUAUGUUGCAGAGCCUACAGACAAGACGGCUAACUAUAAGUCGUAUACUCAUGGUGUUUUCAUGAGAAACGCCCACGGACAAGAGGUCUUGCUUCGCGAAUCGAACAUCACUUGGAGAGGUCUUGGCGGCACCAUUGAUCUUUAUUUUUUCGCCGGUCCAACGGCAGACUCGGUCAUUUCAUCGUAUCAAAAGAGUGCUGUUGGGCUUCCCGCUAUGCAGCAAUACUGGACUCUUGGCUUCCAUCAAUGCAGAUGGGGUUACAAGAGCUGGGAUAACCUGCAAGAGGUUGUGGACAACUUUGCCAAGUUCGAGAUUCCGCUCGAGACGAUCUGGGCCGACAUCGAUUACAUGAACCAGUAUAGAGACUUUGAAAAUGACCAAAACAGUUGGAGCUACGAGGACGGCGAGAGGUUCAUUAACAAAAUUCAUCAGAACGGCCAACACUUCGUCCCAAUCGUCGAUUCCGCAAUCUACUCACCCGACCCUAAGAAGGACGACGAUGCUUAUCCAACUUACGACCGCGGACUUGCUGCAGAUGCCUACGUGCUUAAUUCAGAUGGCUCUCUCUACGUUGGAGCGGUAUGGCCCGGCUACACUGUCUUCCCUGACUGGGUCGGAGCGGUCCUGAGCAAGAGCAAGACGUUCGACUGGUGGAAAACGGAGCUAGUGACUUGGUACAAGAAAGUCGCCUAUGAUGGCAUCUGGAUUGAUAUGUCCGAAGUUGCAUCUUUCUGCGUUGGCAGUUGUGGAAGUAAGAGCCGUGCACAGAACGUUGCCCGUUCCCAAUUGCCAGGUGAACCUGGCAACGAAGAUUUUUCAUACCCUGAAGGUUUUGAGAAGACGAAUGCUACCGAGGCUGCAGCCAUCUCCGCACUAUCUCUGUCAGCGGAAGCUGCGAAAUAUACAGCCGUCAGGGAUACAGAGCCUUCCACGACGACUUCAUAUCUCCGAACCACGCCAACUCCAGGUGUCCGAAAUGUUAAUCACCCACCGUAUGUAAUAGACCACAUCCACGGUGACCUCGCCGUGCACGCCGUCUCCCCGAAUGCGACGCAUCACGGUGGCUCGCAGGAGUACGAUUUCCACAAUCUCUUUGGCCACCAGAUUCUCAAUGCGACGUACCAUGCCCUGCUUUCCGUGUUCCCAGAAAAGCGCCCCUUCAUCAUAGGUCGCUCAACCUUUGCCGGCUCCGGAAAAUGGGCCGGGCACUGGGGAGGUGACAACUACUCGCUGUGGGCGUACAUGUUCUUCUCGAUUCCCCAGGCGCUAAGCUUCAGCAUCUUUGGCUUCCCCAUGUUCGGUGUCGACACUUGUGGAUUCGCGGGGAACGCGGACAUGGAACUUUGCGCACGCUGGAUGCAGCUGAGUGCUUUCUUCCCUUUCUACAGAAACCACAACGCGAUUGCAGGAAUCCCGCAAGAGCCGUACCGCUGGAGUGCAGUUGCGGAUGCCUCAAAGAAAGCGAUUGCGAUCCGAUAUGCGCUUCUGCCAUACAUGUACACUGCUCUCUAUCGGGCACACACCUUGGGGGACACUGCCAUGAAGGCUCUAAUAUGGGAGUUUGCCGACGAGCCGUGGCUGGCGGAUGCGGAUAGACAGUUUCUCCUCGGCCCCGCUGUCAUGGUUACGCCUUGCCUCGUCCAGGGGGCGACUACUGUCGAUGGAGUUUUCCCUGGGGUUGGGAAAGGCACUGUAUGGUAUGAUUGGUACAAUCAAUCUGCCAUUACCGGUGUUACAUCAGGGCAGAACGUAACUAUUGAAGCUCCGCUGGGGCACAUUCCCGUCUAUCUCCGCGGCGGAUACGUCAUCCCAACGCAGGAAGCGGGUAAGACGACAAAGGAGAGCAGAGCUAACCCAUGGGGACUGUUGGUUGCGCUCGAUUCCGAGGGCGCUGCGAAGGGUACUUUAUAUGUAGAUGAUGGUGAGAGCUUGAAACAGGAGGCUACGCUGACUGUCGAGUUUUCUGCCCUUGAGGGCGUUCUGAAGGCCAGACCAACUGGUGACUACAAGGACUCCAACGCCCUGGGUAACGUCACGAUCCUAGGAGUUGGGCGGGACAUCUCAGCUGUCACUCUUAACGAUCAUGUUCUGGACAACGAGAAAUGGUCGUUGGACACGGCUUCUCGCGCCCUAAAGAUCCACAGCCUGCAGUCGCUAACUGCAAGGGGCGCAUGGAACUCGGAGUGGACGUUGACUUGGGCUUGA